CACAGUUAAACGUAACGUUGUGGUCAUAUCAAAGAAAUACUUGCGUUUGGAAGGAAAUGUGCGCGAAUUAAGUCUUCUGGAGUUUUGAUGGACGAACUUGUCAGAAGACGUGAAGGACUUUCUCUCGAUUCUAUACGAAUAACUUAAACGAAGGGUUAAAAUAUCUGCUUUAUUACCGUGAACUGACAAUAGCAAAGGACUACUUUGAAAUUCUAGCCUGAAGAUAUUUGGCAAUCAAUGUAAUGAUUAAACUGAUAAACAGUUUUAGCAUAGUGUUUAACGUUUCAUACAAAUGAUGGAAUCAAGAUGCGUUGCUACUUUGCUCAUUCUCCUGACUGGAAACUUCGUCAUGAUAAGUGCUCCAGGGACUAGGCAACUUUCCACGGCGCUCGUGUCUCCGACACUGAAAUCUGCAAUUGGUCAAGGCAGAGUGGUCAAUGAGUCAAUGCCUCGACGACCAAGAGUUUUGCCGCCUAUGUGCACAGGUCCCACAGAAAUAAGAGAUACUUUCAAGUAUAUUAACACCGUGGUUUCGUGCAUUGUGUUUGUAGUUGGGAUAAUCGGAAACUCUACGCUGCUCAGAAUCAUUUAUAAAAAUAAAUGCAUGCGAAACGGUCCUAAUAUCCUCAUUGCAAGCCUGGCGCUUGGGGAUCUUUUGCAUAUUGUCAUAGACAUUCCCAUUAACGUCUAUAAGCUUCUGGCUGAAGAUUGGCCAUUUGGUGUUGGACUUUGCAAAAUGGUUCCCUUUAUACAAAAGACAUCAGUUGGCAUUACAGUGCUAAGUUUGUGUGCACUGAGCAUAGACAGGUUUCGAGCAGUGGCAUCGUGGAACCGCAUUAAAGGCAUUGGCGUCCCUAAAUGGACAGCUAUUGAAAUCAUUAUGAUAUGGGUGCUGUCCAUUAUACUUGCAGUGCCAGAGGCCAUUGCCUUUGACAUGAUCACAAUGGACUACAAAGGAGAGCAGCUUAGGAUUUGCUUGCUCCACCCUAUGCAGAAAAACAAGUUCAUGCAGUUUUAUAAGUCAGCCAAAGAUUGGUGGCUUUUCAGUUUCUACUUCUGCAUGCCGCUGAUGUGUACUGCUAUCUUCUACACUCUCAUGACCUGUGAAAUGCUUCGAAAGAAGAAUGGGGUCCAAAUUGUUCUUAGUGAUCACCUAAAACAGAGACGUGAGGUGGCUAAAACCGUGUUCUGUCUGGUGCUAGUCUUUGCACUGUGCUGGCUUCCUCUGCACCUCAGUCGUAUUCUUAAGCUUACCAUUUAUGAUGAAAGGGACCCCAACCGCUGUGAGCUUCUGAGUUUCUUCCUGGUUCUUGAUUAUAUCGGGAUCAACAUGGCAUCAGUGAACUCAUGCAUAAACCCAAUCGCUUUGUAUAUGGUUAGCAAGCGCUUCAAGAGCUGCUUCAGAUCAUGUCUGUGUUGCUGGUGUCUUCCUCCUGAAAUGUUAGCCAUGGAUGACAAACAGUCCUGCAUGAAGCUGAAGGUGACAGAGCGAGGAUCUGAACAAAGCAAUAGCCGUGCCAUACACUUCAACUUAGGCACUGGUCUGCAUACAGGUAUUGGUGGGCAACAAAUUGCACUUAAAAUUUAGCUAAUGGCAUAAAACCUAACUCUGUGUCAGCUGGAGGUAUACUCAUUACAAGCAGAUGUGGUGAUAUUAUAGGUACAAGUGCAUCUCAAUAAAUUAGAAUGUCGUGGAAAAGUUAAUUCAUUUCAGUAAUUCAACUCAAAUUGUGAAACUUAUGUAUUAAAUAAAUAACAGUUCAAUGCACACAAACUGAAGUAGUUCAAGUCUUUGAAGUAGUUUAAUGUUGUUCAGUUGUUUUGACACAAUCUUUUUUGUUUAAAGCGCUAUAUAAAUAAAGGUGUGAUGAUUGUGAUGAUUUUGGCUCACAUUUAACAAAAACCCACCAAUUUACUAUCUCAACAAAUUAGAAUAUGGUAACAUGCCAAUCAGCUAAUCAACUCAAAACACCUGCAAAAGUUUCCUGAGCCUUCAAAAAAAUUCUCUCAAUUUGGUUGAGUAGGCUACACAAUCAUGGGGAAAGACUGCUGAUCUGACAGUUGUCCAGAAGACAAUCAUUGACACUCUUCACAAGGAGGGUAAGCCACAAACAUUCAUUACCAAAGAAGCUGACUGUUCACAGAGUUAACAGAAAAUUGAGUGGAAGGAAAAAUUUUGGAAGUCACAGCAUCAAGAGCCACCACACACAGAGGUGUCAAGGAAUUUGAUGAACCACAGACAAGGUCAGAGGCAUCCAACCUGGGCUAAGGAGAAGAACUGGACUGUUGCCCAGUGGUCCAAAAUCCACUUUUCAGAUAAGAGCAAGUUUUGUAUUUCAUUUUGAAACCACAGUCCUAUAGUCUGGAGGAAGGGUGGAGAAGCUCACAGACCAUGUUGCUUGAAGCCUAGUGUUAAGUUCACUAAGAAAUUUUGGAGCACUUUAUGCUUCCUUCUGCUGACCAGCCUUUUGUAGAUGCUGAUUUCAUUUUCCAGCAGGAUUUGGCACCUGUCCACACUGCCAAAAGUUGGUUAAAUCAGUGGUUCUAAAUUCAACUCAUCAGCUCAUUAUCACAUGGGUUAAUGAGCUGAUGAGUUGAAUCAAAUGUGUUUAAUUAGGGAGACAAAGAAAGCAUGCAGUGUUGGGGGUACUCCAGGACAGGUUUGGGAACCACUGGGUUAAACGACCAUGGUGUUAGUGUGUUUGACCAGCAAACUCACCAGACCCGAACCCCAUAGAGAAUCUAUGGGGUAUUGUCAAGAGGAAAAUGAGAAAUAAAGAGACCAAAAAAAUGCAGAUGAGCUGAAGUCCACUGCCAACGAAACCUGGGCUUCCAUACCACCUCAGCAGUGCAACAAACUGAUCACUGCCAUGCCAAAUUGAGGCAGUAAUUAAAGCAAAAGGUGUCCCUACAAAGUAAGGAGUACAUGUAACAGUAAAUGAACAUACUUUCAAGAGGGCCAACAAUUCAUAUAUAUAUAUAUAUAU